AUGAACUCUCCCAAGUGGUAUAGCUGUAUGCUGGGGAAGAAAUGCAGCCUCGCUCCUCUGAAGGAAGAGCUUCGCAUACAAGGGGUUCCUAAAGUCACCUACACUGAAUUCUGUCAAGGUCGGACAAUGAGAUGGGCUUUAGCUUGGAGUUUUUAUGAUGACGUAAUAGUACCAUCACCACCAAGUAAGCGAAGAAAAUUAGAGAAGCCAAGGAAACCCAUCACAUUUGUAGUGUUGGCGUCUGUGAUGAAGGAAUUGUCCCUGAAAGCCUCAUCUCUGGGCUCUGACACACUGGAAGGCAUAGUGGUUGUGACGACAUGGAUAGAAAGAAUUCUCACUGAUCUGAAGGUCCAGCAUAAACGAGUUCCCUGUGGAAAGGAGGAGGUUAGCCUUUUCCUAACAGCCAUCGAAAACUCCUGGAUUCAUUUAAGGAGAAAGAAAAGAGAGCGAGUGAGACAACUGAGGGAAGUUCCUCGAGCACCCGAGGACGUCAUCCAAGCCUUGGAAGAGAAAAUGGCCACGCCCAAAGAGUCUGGCACUAGCCAGGAUUUGGCCAAGGGCCCCCGGGAGAGUACCCUGUGUGGGCCUGCUCUGCAGGAAGGCGAGUCUGUCACUGUUGAGGGCCAUUGCCCAAACCAGGAGUCACUCUCCCAAGAAGAAAGCCCAGAACCCAUGGAGGAUGAAAGGAGUGAGGAAAAGGAAGGGGUAGAGAUUCUGGAAAGUUGUAAAGGCUCUAGCAAUGGAGCCCAGGACCAAGAGGCUUUUGAGCAGUUCAGCAACCCAGUGGCUGAAAAGGGGAAACGUCUCCAGGAAGUGGCCGGACAUUAUCUAUUUAAGUGUUUGAUAAACGUCAAGAAGGAGGUGGAUGAUGCCUUAGUUGAAAUGCACUGGGUUGAAGGCCAAAACAGGGAUUUGAUGAACCAGCUUUGUACCUAUAUACGUAACCAAAUUUUCAGGCUUGUUGCUAGUUAACUGCAAACUUCUGGCCAAGUUCUCUGUAAAGCAGCUUGCUUUGGAGUGGCCUGUGGAGUAACGAGGAAUUCUACCAUUGGCCCAUUAGGAGCAUUAUGUGAAAUUAUCUUAAAAAGCAGAAACCAAUUAAUCCAUUUGUAAAUCCACCUUCCUCCCCGCUUUUUUUUUUUUUUUUUUU